UCGUUUUUUUAGUUUUGGCAAUCGACGAACCGCGCGCCAACGUCGUUUGCGUCCGAGCGAGGAGGGACACCUCUCUCCGUCCGCCCUCCGUCGACAAUCGUGGGCGAGGCGCCGGGUGGCGGUGCUCGCGCAUUGUGUAACCGAGUCUCUCUCUCUCUCUUAGUCGGACGUAUUGACGGUGUCUCGCUCGCUCUCAGUCAUUGGCUCGACGCAGCAGCGUACACUGUUCGGUUCUUGGGUCACAUCGUUGCCGCCGUUUUGAAUUUCUGGUGGUGCCUUCGUUGACCGUUCGCACUCAGUUGUCACCACUCACUCGUCUCGAACGUUUGUCCCAGUUUCAAUAUCGCGUUGGCCGUGCGUCAGAGAGGUCGUGUCGUACGCUGUGUGUAGAGCGUUUCGUCGUCGUGCGAAAACAAAAAAAAAAAUUGUCGUAAGCUGUCGAAAGAACGACACUUACCCAAGUCAUAAUGCUGUCGAACGCCAAUCGUUUCUCAUCGGCCACGCUGAAAGGAUUUCAAAGUUUAUGUUGUCGAAGCAUUGGAUCCCUUUCACUGCCUAAAGUUAAAGAUUUUAGUGUUGAAAAUGAACCACUUUUAGAAUAUUUGCCUGGCAGCAAAGAACGAAAAGAAAUCGAAGCUGAAUUAAAACGCUUGUCUAAUAACGUGGAAGAUGUACCUAUUAUCAUUGGUAAUGAAAAAUUCAAGACUAAAGAUGUUAGAUAUCAAGUCAUGCCACACAAUCAUGGAAAGAAAAUUGCAAAAUUUUACUAUGCAACAUCAGAUUUAGUGUCAAAAGCAAUUAAAGUUGCUACUGAAGCUCAAACAAAAUGGGAUGCUGUACCUUUAGAAGAAAAAAUAAGCAUUUGGCUUAAGGCUGCAGAUUUAAUGGCGACCAAAUAUAGAAUGAAAUUGAAUGCAGCUACUAUGCUUGGUCAGUCUAAAACAGUUAUCCAAGCUGAAAUUGAUGCAGCUGCUGAAUUAAUAGAUUUUAUCAAAUUAAAUGCAUUUUUUGCUAAGGAAUUGACAAAAUACCAACCAAUUAGUGAAAAUAAAAAAGUCACAUUAAAUAGUUUACGUUAUAGAGGCCUUGAUGGGUUUGUUGCUGCUGUGUCUCCUUUUAAUUUUACAGCAAUUGGGGGGAAUUUAGCAUACACUCCUGCUUUAAUGGGAUGUUCUGUUUUAUGGAAACCUUCAGAUACAGCUUUGUUAUCAAACUGGGUAAUAUAUGAAAUAAUGACUGAAGCAGGAGUUCCAGCUGGUGUAGUUAAUUUUAUCCCAGCAGAUGGUCCUGUAUUUGGUGAUACUAUUACCGGAUCACCACAUUUAUCGGGUAUCAACUUCACUGGAUCUGUUCCGACAUUUAACCGACUAUGGACCCAAGUUGGACAAAAUAUAAAUAGCUAUGUUAACUUUCCAAGAUUGAUUGGAGAGUGUGGAGGUAAGAAUUAUCAUUUUGUACACCCAUCAGCUGAUGUGACAUCUGUUGUUACUGGCACCAUUCGAUCUUCAUUUGAAUAUUGUGGUCAGAAGUGUUCAGCCUGUUCCAGACUAUACGUUCCUCAAUCGUUAUGGCCUAAAAUUAAAGAAGGACUAUUAGAACUGCGUAAUAAAUUGAAAAUUGGUGAUGUCAAUGAAUUUGAUUCGUUCGCUUCAGCAGUUAUUGAUGAUAAAGCAUUUAAUCGUAUUGUUGGGUAUAUUGAACAUGCAAAGAAGUCUCCUAAUUUGGAAAUAAUUGGUGGAGGACAGUAUGACAACAGUAAAGGAUACUUUAUACAGCCAACUAUAGUUGAAACAAAGGAUCCUUUAGAUAAAAUUAUGACUGAAGAAAUUUUCGGGCCUCUUUUGACUGUUUAUGUUUAUAAUGAUUCAGAAGUUGAUAAAACAGUUGAUCUCGUCGUUAGUUCUACUCCUUAUGCAUUGACUGGAGCUGUAUUUGCUCAGGACAAAAACUUUUUAAAAAAAUCUCUUGAAACAUUAAAGUAUUCAGCUGGUAAUUUUUACCUUAACGAUAAGUCUACUGGUUCUGUAGUGGGACAACAACCAUUUGGUGGAAGCAGAAUGUCAGGUACAAAUGACAAAGCUGGUGGUCCCCAUUAUGUUCUACGAUGGACGUCACCUCAAUCUGUUAAAGAAACAUUUGUACCAUUGACUGAAUGGAAAUAUCCUUACAUGGGUUAAUAACAUACUGGUUGAAACAAGAUCUAGUGUUUUGCUAUUUGUUCACUAAAACACUAGCAAAACUGUGAUAUUGAUUAAAUCCAAUACUACUAAAUUACUAAUUGUUUAAAUAAGAUAGAAAAAAGAAGCAAUUCCUUUUUAUUUUUUAGAAUAAACACUAUUUAAAGUUCAUAAAAAUACCUGAAAGAAUCUCAUUUUUUUUUUUUAGUACAUUAUGAGAUUCAAUUUAAAAUAAUUAUUUUUAAUUUAUUAAAUUUUUUCCAUCUUAUUGAUAAUUUUUUUAUCCUACUGUACCUUGAUAUACCAACAUUUUGAACCCACUGAUUAUGUCUGUAGUUCUAGCACUAUUAUAGUUUUGAUAGUAAACUGAACUUAAUUGCUAAGCGUAAAUAGUGAUGUAUUGAUGUUCAUCACUGUAUUAUGUUGGCUGAUAUCAAUCAGAUAAAUUUAUACUUAAACUAUAAUAUUUGUUUAUAUUAAACUUUAUAAUUUAUGUUUGGCUAUUAAUUUAGUAAUGAUAAAUGGCCUAAUAACGUGUUACUUGUAUAAUAAACAAGAGAAUAUUUUUAAUUCGAGAAUAAAUGUUUCUGUAUCAUUGAAAUAGUUUUGUAGUACCAUACUUAGCCAUAAUCAAAUUAUUAGAGUUACUCAACUUUUAAGAUUUUAUUUUUGUCUAAUUAAAAAUGUUGUUGUAUGUAAAUAUGAGAGUUUUUUUUACAGUGUAUACGCACUCUUAUUAUAUUAUGUAAUAAAGUUGAGUAAAUAAAAUUGAAAUUAGAACUA